AUGCCUCGUCGAUUUCACAAAAAGUCCAGAAAUGGGUGCAACCAAUGCAAAGAACGGCGUGUCAAGCACCAGUGUGAUGAGACACGGCCUCUAUGCAAUGCCUGCACUUCCCGGCAACUACCCUGCAUCUAUAGCUCCGUAGCUGAAGCCUCUCCGAAACCAGAGCCGAAACCACCGGCCAUGCCAGAGUUCAUUUCACCAAAAUAUGAUGCUCACCAUCUGCUGCUAAUGCACAAAUUCUCAACCGAAACUUAUAAAAGCCUCUGUGGCGACCAAUCUGACAUGGAGGAUUGGCAGCUUCUCAUUCCUAAGCUUGCCUUCGAACAUGACUUUCUCUUACAUGGCAUCUUUUCCCUCGCCGCGCUUCACAUGGUGGCCACUACCCCGGACUCAGGGCAAGUUAUAUCUUACCUAGACACCGCACUGCGGUGCAAUGAACUUGCCUUUGCUCCCUUUAGAGAGGCCUUGAUCAACCUUACUCCUCACAAUUGCGACGCUGUGUAUGCCCAAUCGGCGAUCCUUGCUGCCAUUGGUAUAGCACUCCCUCGACUGAACGCUCAAUAUCGCGGUGAAUCCUUCAGCAUGAUCGAAAUUAUAAUGACUGUUUUGGAGCUUCUUCGGGGGACAAAUAGAAUCUCACAAAUUAGCAAGCCAUGGCGACAGUCAACCAUCUUCUCCAAAUAUGAAUGGAAAGAGAAUCCCUGGCUGGAUCCCGACGUGGCUAAUGCAAUCGCACAACUGCGAAUGCUGAAUAGCGCAAUUGAAAACACAGACUCAGCACAGCACAUCAUCAACCUGGAAGCUAUCGACUCCCUACAGGACUCCUUUGCCAGAUUCACGCAUGUGACCAAUCCCGCACCUAUCUUGGAUUGGCUCACCUACGCUAAGAGAGAAUUUGUGGAUGGAUUGCGCGCACGUCAACCAUUCCAGUUAUUGAUCCUCAUGAAUUGGGCAGUUCUAUUAAAUGAAUCGGGGGCCCAUUUCUGGUGGGCCACGGGAUGCGGAGAGGCGCUAGUGGCUGAGUUAUCGAAUGAGCUAAAGGAUCAGAAUGAGAAGUGGAAAUCGGCACUGCAGUGGCCACAGCAAAGGGUCGGAAUAUUAUAG